UAAGUAAACUACAACAACAAUAUAAAGAACCUCGGAAAAUGAAUAUUUUUUAUUUGAUAAUCUUUUUAUUUGCUAAAAAUAAGUAAUAAAAUUAAUAGUGUAAAGUACAGCAACUUUAAAAGAAAACAUUGUUGUGACAACAAAGAAUUCAUUGUUGCAAACAAGAAAUGAUUUUCGUGUUAUUCUACAAAAACUAUCAAUUAGAUUAAAGGAAAAAAGUAUAAAUUAUUAAAAUGCAACGCAAAAGAAGAAAAUUUCUAGGCAAAUCUGAAUGAAGGUGAAUGGAUAUUUUGUUUAUAAAUGGUGUUGGCAAAACAUGCCUUGUAACCAAAUACAUUAAAAACACUCUACACAAAGAUGUUGGUCCAACAAUAGCUGCUUCAUUUUUCACUUGUAAGGUCAUCUUGGAUGAUGCUAAAGUAAAAUUACAAGUGAGUAAUUGCUUAACGAAAAAUAUAGCAAAAAUUAUUAAAAAAAAAUUGAAUAAAAAAAAAUUAUAAAUCUAAAGCAUAAAAAUACACCAAAAAUCCAUUUAGAUUAUCUAAAUACAUUUAUUAACAAUUAGCCUUAUGUAUUUUGUUUAAUAUUCAAUUUGUACUCUUGGCAUAUAAGUACAAAUCUAAUGCGUUUUUUCUUAAUUUAAGUGAGUUGUUUAUAUAGGAUUUAAGUUAUGGUAAUCCCAGCAAAAAAAGACGUGCAA